AUCAUUUUAAUGUUUCAAGUUCAAAUUAAUGUUUUCUUGCUGAUAUUUACUCUUUUGCUGUUUUGUUUUUCGUAACAUUUGACCUUGAAGCAUCUAUCCAGCUAUAAAAUGGCCAAUGAUAGUGAUGGGUUGGCUGGAUUUGUCGCCCAAUCGUAAAAUAACGCUAACUUAUAAGGUCAUUUCACUCUAGUAUUUUGCCAGAAGAAUAAAACAAGUGAAUUUAUUAGUAGUUUCUAAUCAGUCUUACAGAAGUAUUGAAACAAUUGAAAAGAAAAAUUAAUUUAUCAGUCAAAACAGUUUGAUACGGGAAAAGAAAUUUACAUAAAUAUUUUUGAUUGAAGAAUAGCAAUUGAAGAUGAACGGCCAACCUUUCUUCCCACACUGGUUUUACAAGUAUCCUUGGGUAUUUCUCUUCAAGGUAAAACGGCUAGAAAAUGGGCCGUUACACGGGUAAACAAUGCAGGCUGAUAAGUAUGACUUUUCUCACUGGAAGUUAUUUCGUCGUAGAACUGGUGGUAGGCUAUGCAACAAAUUCUAUGGCUUUAGUGGCCGAUUCAUUUCAUAUGCUUUCAGAUCUUAUUGCCUUGAUAGUAGCUUUCAUCUCUGUGAAGAUGGCUCCAAGAAGAUGGACAAAAAAUACGUUUGGAUGGGCUCGGGCCGAAAUAUUGGGUGCUUUAGUCAAUGCAGUAUUCCUUCUUGCUUUGUGCUUCUCUAUUUUUGUGGAAGCGCUAAAAAGGUUUGCCGAUCCCGAGCUAAUAUCUGAACCUGUUCUCAUUCUUUACGUCGGUUCCUUUGGUCUUCUGGUCAACUUGGUUGGAUUAUUGUUAUUUCGCGACCAUGGUCAUGCCCAUAGUGUUAGUAAGAAAGAUCAACAAGACUUGCCAGUAUAUGACGAUGUAUUGAAUGAAGAAAUAAAAGUAGAAAGAAUGAGAUAUCGCACUUCUUUAGAAAUGACCGAAGUAGAAGUUGAGAAAAAACCUAGUGGAAAGAAAACAGAAUUAGCUUCAGAAACUCAAAUGAAUAUGUACGGAGUAUUUCUUCACAUCUUAGCCGAUGCUUUGGGUUCUGUUAUUGUUAUUGUCAGUGCUCUGAUCAUUUGGUUAACAAACUGGUCAUUUCGAGCAUAUGUUGAUCCACUCCUCAGCGUUAUCAUUGUUCUCAUCAUAUCGAAAUCUACUUGGCCUUUACUUAAGCAAUCAUCAUUAAUUAUGCUCCAGACAGUACCUACUCAUAUAGAAAUGGAAGUAUUAGAAAACAAGUUGACUAAAGAGAUAGAAGAAAUUCUUGCUGUACAUGAAUUCCAUUUGUGGCAGUUAGCAGGAGAGAAGAUUGUAGCUUCCUUGCAUAUUGUGUGCCAUGAUUUAGAAGAUUACCAAAAAAUUGCUGGUAAAAUAAAGGAAUUUUUUCAUAGAGAAGGCAUACAUUCCAUCACUAUCCAGCCUGAAUUUGUCAAUAUUGGGCAAGAUGAUAUCAUAGAAGAAUGUGUUUAUCCAUGUCCUGAACCUAAUAGAUGUCUUCCACAGACCUGUUGUGGCAAUUACAAAGAUGCCACUGUCCAGUGUAAUGUUAAUGGUGAUGUCACCAAUCGUACUCGAAAUGGAAAUGGUACCAAUUGCAGAAAUAGUGUGAAUUCUGUUUCUGUAGAAUCGGGAGAGAUCAAUCGGAAUUUCACUGCUUAAAUAUCAUUUAUAUCAUGUAUAUCUUACCAUAAUAAAUAUAUUUUUCAGUUAUUCUUAUUUUAUUCUUUU